AUUUGCCGCUCCGGAAGUGAGGGAGGUCCUUUCCAGCGAGAGCGGGCGACCAUGGCGGACCCAGUAGAACAGAAGAAGAAAAGGACCUUUAGGAAAUUCACCUAUCGAGGUGUGGACCUGGAUCAGCUCCUUGAUAUGUCCUAUGAACAGUUGAUGCAAUUGUAUUGUGCUCGACAGCGGAGGCGCGUGAACAGAGGUCUGCGCCGUAAGCAGCAGUCCCUCCUGAAGAGGUUGCGCAAGGCCAAAAAGGAAGCUCCGCCAAUGGAGAAACCAGAGGUUGUUAAGACACAUCUUCGUGACAUGGUUAUCCUUCCAGAGAUGGUUGGCAGCAUGGUUGGUGUAUACAAUGGCAAAACCUUUAACCAGGUUGAAAUCAAGCCUGAAAUGAUUGGCCAUUACCUUGGAGAGUUCUCCAUCACCUACAAACCUGUCAAGCAUGGUAGACCUGGUAUUGGUGCCACUCACUCUUCCAGAUUCAUCCCUCUGAAGUAGUGUUUAUUGUGGAAAUGUUGUGUAAAUAAAACUCAGUUCCAGUA